AUGGCUCCCAACCCAAUGUUUAAGAGGCCGCGCCUGCGGCUCACCAGCGAUGCAUUCCCUUCGUGGAAAGGAUUGCGAGUCUAUCGCCUACCAGCCUAUCCUGCUCCGGCGACCGACAUUGUCUCCCUUCUCUACCCUCCUACGCUCAACUUACCGACUGUAUCGGUCGUCAUCGCAGGAACAUGGCGCGUCACCGCCGCAGACCUGACGACGAUUACUCGGACGUUUCGAACUCGGACUCUCCAGACAACGUACAUUGACGACGAAGAAAGCAACGAUACUGGUGACUUUGACGACGAUUAUGACGACUUUGACAUAGAAGAUCAGGUGCAGCUCUUCGACGGAAAUCUGUAUCCUCGAGAGUACUACCUCAAACAACUAAAAGAGUUCAACGAGGCCGCGUUCGAUGAUGAAGAUUAUAGUGAGGGGAGUACCAUACUUCUCGAUGGAAUAGAAGAGCUGUGGAAUAAGUAUUACGCGUGGUUCGAGUACGACCCGCAGGAAUCCUUUGAGUCCGUCUCUCUCGGGUCCCUCUAUAACUUCUUCGACUGGCUGCUGGGCCAGAAGGCUGGUAAGAAUGGUAGAAAGAAGCGGGGAACGAAGAAGAGCAGCUCACUCGGGACGUACUGGAAGGUGUAUUGGCUUGUCUACGAGAAGCCCACCGGCGCGAAACUCGAUGCGAAACUGAAUCAGAAAAUGCACAGGGUGCUCAAAAAGCUCGCCAAAAAGCAUGGGUUGAGCGACUAG